UUUAACGCAUGAUCAGCCUGUUGUUAAAAUCCAGAGGGCGUAACUGUAACAAAAUAUUUUCCGUGUUUGAGGAGCUUGGAAUGCAAUUAUGGAGGGUUUUGGUGGUGAUUCCUGGCUUCGAGAACAUGAGGCAUGUAUACGAUUAGCAGCAGAAAUAAUGGAGAAAAUUAAUGAAAGAAAUGAAUUACAGCGAAAUGGAAAAAGCUACUCAAGAGUGAGUGCUAAUAUCCGAACAUUGCUCAAACGAUUUUCCCAAGACAUUGAAUCAUUGAAGAAGAAACUCUACAAGGCUGCCUCAACUUACCAUCUGACACAACAAGAAGCUGAACGGAGGCAGAGGUUGAUAGAUGAGCUCUUAACGAAAGAAAGACAGCUGGAUGACGCAUUCACAAACCAGUCCCGUUAUUCAGCACCAGAGAGGAGUGGUCUUAUGGCAUCAAGUACGGCUGGUUUUGGUCAUGAUCUUUGGGAAGAUGAGACAGAACAGACCAGAGGAAUGAGUGUUGCUGACAUCAGGAGUCAGCAACAGCAGGUAAUUGAUGAGCAAGAUCGAGGCUUAGAAGCCCUAUCAAGUGUGAUAGCAAGACAGAAACAGAUGGGCCAUGACAUUGGCAACGAAUUAGAUGAGCACAAUGAGAUUAUUGAUGAUAUAAACACACACAUUGGAAAAACGGAUCAACGCCUGGUGAAGGAGACUAAGCAUAUACGGAAAAUUUCGGAAAAGGCCAAAGAUUGUACAUACUUGGUUGUAAUUGUUUUACUUCUAAUCGCCAUUGUUGUCAUCAUUGCAAUUCCUACAUAGUGAGCAGUACCCAGGUGGACAAUACCCAGGCUCCAGGUGGUGCUGUUCCAAGUGAAAAGUUUGCAGGUGGCCAUUUUUCUGAUGAGCAGUUUUCAGGUGGUGUUUCCAUGUGAACUGCAGGUGGCCAUGUUCCAGAAAAUUAAAGUGCACAGGUAGUCUAUUCCUUGGUUGUAGGUGAACAUUAAGCAGAAGAAAAAAAAUUCAUUUAAAUAUAAUGCAUAAUUUCUAAAUAAAUUCAUUAUAAUUCAAUCAUAAUGUAAAAGAUGGGAAUUUGUCAGUUCUUGACUUUUUCCUAUAAGAAUUUUUAAAAACAAUACACAGCUGAUCAUAAAGAUAGGGAGGACCAACCUAGUUUUAAUAUUUCAUUGCAGAUUCAAAAUUAAUUAAUACUUAUGGAAAUUUUUACUUGUUUUUUUUUUACAAUAUUUUAUUGUUAAAGCAUUUACUAAAUAUUGUAAAUUGUUUUUGAAUAUGUAUCACAGGUGGUUGUUGCAUCUUAAUUAAAAUGUAUUGUAAUGCCACUAUGUGAUUGCAAAUGUAACUUGAAAAAUGAAAUAGUGAAUUAAACACUUUUAUUUUGUUAUUAACUUUGUAGAUAAACAAAAUAAAAAAGUAAACUGUAAAGUAAGUAAAAGUAAAGUAAAAUCAAGCAAAACUUAUUAUAUUAGGUUGCAUCAUCUAUUUCUAAAUAUAUGCAAACAAAACUUAAAGAGUUCAUCACUAAUAUUUAUGUCUGUUUCAGUUCUGUCAUUAGUAAGUGAAAUAAAUUGGAUAAUCAAGAAAUAAUAAUCAAUAUUGUAAAAAUUAGAGAGAUUAGGGAAUUUAAAUUGGUAUCAAAAUAGGCCUACAUUAAAAAAAUAUUUGUAAAGAAUAAAAACGAUUAAACCUUAAAUGAAGUAAUGUGUGACAUUGAUGUAAUCUAAUAUCUAAUCACAUCAGUGUUCAGUAGAAUUAAAUGAAUUAUUAUUAUUGAAAAAAUACAGUGCAUUAGAUUAAGAUACACUGUAAAAUAUAUUGAUAACUAUCAUCUUAAAAAUUAAAUAAGAUUGCAUAUUGCAUAAAGUAUUUAUGUCUGCAAUGUAAUAAACUCAGAAUCCAACAGUACAUAAAUUUUUUUAUGCCAUAAAUAUAUAUAAUAUGUAUAUAACUGUUUAUAUUACUCUGUGCAGAAGCAAAGGUGUAGAAAUAUAUGCGAGAAAAGUUAAAUCAACCAUGCCUUAUAGAUAAGCUGUCCAUUAUUUAGGGACAGCUGUAUUUAAUAGCACAGAUAAAAUAGUGUCUGUGGUUAAAGUAAAGAAAUCGUAGAGCAUAAAUCUUGUGAAAUAUAAAAAAAAUAUUAAAAUUUUAAUAGUGAGUCUGUUUU